AGGUGGUGUAAAGUCAGCCGGUCUUUCUAAACUAGCUUGCGCUUACGACAAUUCCAUGCUGGGCCUGGCGAUGGAAUCAGAAGAGGGCCCUGGCUGCUUCCUGGAUGUCAAAGCGUUUCCCCACUUCAGUGAGUUGCUGUCGGCCAGUGAGGGCUAUGCGCGACACAGUGGCUGCCGGUUUCGCAAAGGUUCCUUCAGCAACUUGCCGGAAGGAGAUACAGUCUUGGAAGAUAGAGAUGCUGCAAAAGCCCGAGCAGCUCCAGCUGUGAAGGAGUUCAUGGAGAAGGUUGAGGGGCAAACCGAUCAGGCAUUGUGCUGCGAACUCAACGAAGCGUUCAAUAUCCUGUGGUCAGAGAGCAUGAGAAGUGCAAUGGUUGCAAGGUGUCAGCAGCUUGACCUUUGGCCUCCAAAUCCUCCACCAGAAGGCAUUGACAAUGCAGAUUGCGACUGCUCCAAAGAUACCUCGUCCAUUGUGGCAAUGGCCCAGCGUUUGUACAAUCAGGCCCAAAAGCGAGAUGCAUCGUACACCAGGCUUUUGUCCACCGCAUCCUUUCUGGCAGACUUUGCCUAUGAAGCGGGGCUACCGACUCCGCAGUUUUUCCUGACCCGAGACCCUGUCACUGAGAAGUUUGAGACCAUGGCCGAUGAGUACGAACGAACUUUGAUAUCUCCACCGAAUAACCGAAAGCGAACGUGGUGGUUGCCUUGGAACAUGACACUCGGCCUGGGUAUUUGA